AUGACUGUUCCUGUUAUGGUGCACGGACGUGUUGUCUGUGUGUUUUCCCUUGCGCUGCUCUGUGUGUCCGUCUCCGCCACGGCAGCCGAGGCAGCAGGGCCAGUGGAGGCUGCAAAGCCGGCUCUGAAGGAAAUAAACACAGCCCAUGCGAUGGCAGGAGAAGCAGUGAAGCGUACCACGGAGUUCAUCGAGUUACUCAAGAGAGCAAAUGGUACAAUUCUGGAAGCCUUGAAACUUUCUCAGAAUACACUGAAAACUGCAGAGAGUUCGGUGAAAAAUCCUCCAGCUAGAAAAGAACUUGAUGCAGCGACAGAAGGAACGUUUAAGGCCGAAUCGCAAAAAGCAGCGACGAAAGCUAAAAAAGCCGCGGAGGAGGUUGCGAAUGCAGUGCAGUAUGUUUACACCGCACAUGUGGUGGCGCAGUGGGCAAAAGGGAAUGCCACUAAGGCUGCGGGAUUGGUCAAGAUUGCGGCACUGACGAGUGCCAAUGAAGCGGUGGCGGCGGCGGCCAUGAAUGCAGCAGAAACUGCUCUGCUGGCGACGAGCAAUGGCCAGGACGUGCGUCGGUGGAUGAAUGCCUCAUCGCGAAUGGCCGGAUGGGCAGAAGAUCGGCCAGAUAAGUCAAAGGGUAUUUUGGCCAAGAAAGCUGUAGACAUCUCCAACAGCGCAGUGAAGUUUGUCCAAAAUGCGCUGGCAAUAUCUGACGAGGCACUACAAAAUGCUGACGUUACGCUUGAUGCCGCCAAGAAGGCAGAGCUGCUGGCUCAAGCGGUGAAGAAAGAAGCUGAAGGUAAUGCUACGGAGGCACAGAAGCUGCG